CUACGUAUAAACAUGUGAAAUCAAACAUUUGCAUCAAAACAUACGUAAGUGUGCAUACAAAAUGGAUCUCCUAAGACAACAUAAGGCCAAACAAGAAUGUCAGUGCUCUCCAAAAAUGAACAAUCAUGUGAUGCCUGUGUCCCAGCCAGUGCGUGCCAAGAGUUUGUUACGCGCAAACUUAGAAAAUUCUCGCGGACGACUUUUGCAAAGCAGAAUGCCAAACAUCAAAGUCUUCAGUGGCACCUCGCAUCCAGAUUUGGCUCAGCGUAUUGUCGACAGGCUCGGCAUAGACAUUGGAAAGGUUGUCACCAAGAAAUUUAGCAACCUCGAAACAUGUGUGGAAAUAGGAGAAUCCGUUCGAGGAGAAGAUGUGUACAUUGUACAAAGCGGAAGUGGAGAAGUAAAUGACAAUUUGAUGGAAUUAUUGAUUAUGAUCAAUGCUUGCAAAAUUGCUUCAGCGUCGCGUGUGACAGCAGUAAUCCCUUGUUUCCCAUAUGCGAGACAAGAUAAAAAGGAUAAGGGUGGUGAUGGAGGUGACAACUCAAAUUCUAAGAAAGAAAUUGUCAUGAAGUCAAACGAGUGGAAAUUCAGGAGUCGUGCGCCUAUUUCGGCAAAAUUGGUAGCAAAUAUGUUGUCGGUAGCAGGAGCUGAUCACAUCAUUACAAUGGAUUUGCAUGCUAGUCAAAUUCAAGGUUUUUUUGAUAUUCCCGUCGAUAAUUUAUUCGCUGAACCUGCCGUUUUAAAAUGGAUUAAGGAAAAUAUUGUUGAAUGGCGAAACAGCAUCAUCGUUUCUCCAGAUGCAGGAGGUGCUAAGAGGGUAACAUCUAUCGCUGACCGAUUGAAUGUUGAAUUUGCGCUUAUACAUAAAGAAAGGAAAAAGGCAAACGAAGUUGCCAGUAUGGUACUGGUUGGAGAUGUAAAAGAUAGAGUUGCCAUUCUAGUAGAUGAUAUGGCUGAUACUUGUGGCACUAUUUGUCAUGCAGCAGAGAAGCUUUUAGAAGCGGGUGCUACAAAAGUCUACGCAAUUUUAACACAUGGUAUUUUUAGCGGUCCAGCGAUCAGCAGAAUCAAUAAUGCCUGCUUUGAAGCUGUUGUAGUAACAAAUACCAUUCCUCAAGAUGGUCAUAUGAAGGAUUGCCCGAAAAUACAAUGCAUUGAUGUAUCAAUGAUGUUUGCUGAAGCUGUAAGGAGGACUCACAAUGGUGAAUCUGUAUCGUACCUGUUUUCAAAUGUACCGUAUUAGAUCCAAAUCUUCCUGAUAAUGUACUCUAUGAAACUGUGUAAGACGAGUGUAUUCCUUUUACACGUGUUUACUGUUAUUCAUAGUUUAGUUUAAACUAAUUUGUCUACAGGAAAAACCUUUAAAUAACUAUUAAUGUCUUCUUUUUUUUAAAUUGUAAAUCGUAUGUGCUCCUUUUUCGUUUUUUUUUGUUAUAUAUAUACAUAUACAUAUAUAUAUAUAUGUAUAUACAUAUGUAUAUAUACGACCAUAUUUGUGUGGGACGAAACAUUAGAUAGAUGAAGUGUAUUGUCCACGUUGAUAAAAAAUAAGUUGAUAAUUAGUAGAUACAAACAGGAAUCCUCAGAAUGAAAUUGUGAAAAGUUAAUUAAAUUUUCACUAGGCUGCUACUUAUAAAUGCAGAAUAAUACAUUACUAUCUUGUUUAGAGUACAAUUUGAACGGUACUUCGUUCUCUAUCGGAACGUUAAGAGCAAAAUACAUCUAUUAUCGCGA